AUGACGAGUUAUCAUAUUCAACCUUUACAUUUUAAGGAUAAUAUUAAUUAUUCCUACGUAAACAGGGUAACCGUAGAUGAGACAGAUCAUGUUGACUUCAUUUAUCAAUUUACAAAUAUUAAUUGUACCCAAAAGAACGAUAAUUUUAGCAUAUUUGUUAAUUAUAAAAUAACUGAGCCACCUAUCAAAUUUACAAAGUAUGAAGAUUUUAAAGAGAAAAUUUCCGGACCAUUAAAGCACGCAGCAUCUGAUAACACGCCACAAAAUAAUAUAAUGGUGGAUAGAGACAUUACAGCUUGCACCUUAACAAAAUGUAUUAGUAAGUAAUAUACGAAUAGAUAAGAUUUUGUUAAAGAUAUACUUUGUUGAGAAAAGAGAUUAUAUAUAUACUUAUAUAUAAUAAUUAUAUUUUCUAUUUUGAAGAUAUCGAAUUUUAUGAAGCGUGUUACCCCAUCAGAAUAUCCCUAUAUUGUUCGGAUAACCAUCCGGAUAACUAUCAGUUUUCCGGUGAUCACUUUAUACGAAUUUGGGCACAAAAAUCCGAUGAUCAAUGGUUUUCAGUAACGGCGAGAAUUGAGGGAACUCCAGAAACUUGGCAAAUUAAUUUGACAGAGUUUCAAAUGGAUUAUACCGUGAAUUAUGAGUUGUCGUGUCAUUUUAAAACAAAAAAAAUGAAAUUUGAAUUACUCUAUUUGCCUUAUUACUCAAUGAAUAUAGAAGUAAUACUUAUUGGAACAUCAGAAUUUAUUCUUCCUAGAAAUCCUAAGCAGAGUCUAAGAAGCCUGUUAAACAAUGUUAGUUAUCGAACUAAAUUUUAUAAAGAACCAAAUUCAGAUAUACUCCAACUUCAAGAGGACUUUAACAAGCAUUGCAUUAUUUGUAAAAGGUA